UUUACACUUUCCCGGUCCUGUCAAGCACCUGGUUCUCGCUCCCGUACCAAGAUGGCGGCAGAAGCAGCUGGUGGGAAAUACAGGAGCACAGUCAGCAAAAGCAAAGACCCCUCGGGGCUGCUCAUCUCGGUGAUCAGGACUCUGUCUACCAGUGAUGAUGUUGAAGACCGAGAAAAUGAGAAAGGUCGCCUUGAAGAAGCCUAUGAAAAGUGUGACCGUGACUUGGAUGAAUUGAUCGUUCAGCACUACACAGAACUGACAACAGCCAUUCGCACAUACCAGAGUAUCACAGAACGCAUCACUAACUCGAGGAAUAAAAUCAAGCAGGUAAAAGAGAAUCUGCUUUCCUGCAAGAUGCUGCUGCAUUGCAAACGGGAUGAACUUCGUAAACUGUGGAUUGAAGGAAUUGAGCAUAAGCAUGUCCUGAACCUACUGGAUGAAAUUGAAAACAUCAAGCAAGUGCCUCAAAAGUUGGAACAGUGCAUGGCCAGCAAGCACUACCUCAGCGCCACUGACAUGCUGGUGUCAGCAGUGGAGUCUCUCGAGGGUCCGCUGCUCCAGGUGGAAGGACUCAGUGAUCUCAGACUGGAACUUCACAGCAAGAAGAUGAACCUGCACUUGGUUCUCAUAGAGGAACUGCACCGCCAUUUGUAUAUCAAAUCCACUAGCCGGGUUGUACAGCGUAACAAGGAAAAAGGGAAGAUGAGUUCUCAUGGCAAAGAUGCCUCUCCUAGUCCUCUGAUAGAUGUUUCAAACAUCCCUACUCCACGCAAAUUCCUUGAUGCCACUCAAUAUUCGGCUGCUGGAGGCUCAAGUGUGAGGGAGAUGAACCUGCAAGACAUCAAGGAGGACCUAGAGUGUGAUCCAGAGGAGAACAGCACUCUUUUCAUGGGAAUUCUUAUUCAGGGGCUGGCCAGACUGAAGAAGAUCCCUGAGACAGUUAAAGCCAUUAAAGAGCGUUUGGAGCAGGAGCUAAAGCAGAUUGUGAAGAGGUCAACCACCCAGGUAGCAGACAGUGCCUAUCAGAGAGGAGAGAGCCUCACUGUGGACAACCAGCCAAGGUUACUUCUAGAACUGCUGGAACUAUUGUUUGAUAAAUUUAAUGCCGUAGCCACUGCACACUCUGUGGUCCUGGGGUACCUUCAGGACUCUGUUGGGACCCAGCUAACACAGCCAGAAGAGAUCAAAUUAUAUGAUAUGGCAGAUGUAUGGGUGAAGAUCCAGGAUGUGCUGCAGAUGCUGUUGACUGAAUACUUGGAUAUGAAGAACACACGAACCUCCUCCGAGCCUUCAGCUCAACUAAGCUAUGCCAGUACUGGACGAGAGUUUGCAGCCUUUUUUGCCAAGAAAAAGCCACAAAGGCCAAAGAAUUCUCUUUUCAAGUUUGAGUCAUCCUCCCAUGCUAUCAGUAUGAGCGCCUAUCUCCGGGAACAGAGAAGGGAGCUCUACAGUCGGAGUGGAGAACUUCAAGGAGGUCCUGAUGACAACUUAAUUGAAGGUGGAGGAACAAAAUUUGUUUGCAAACCUGGAGCCAGAAAUAUUACUGUCAUAUUCCAUCCAUUACUGAGAGCCAUCUCACAGGCUUUAAAGUACCAAGAUCACCAGGCUGAAGAUAGAACCAGGAGGCCUUUGUGUUCUGGAUUUAUUCAAGAGAUUGAGCAUGCCCUGGGACUUGGCCCUGCCAAACAGUGUCCUCUUCGAGAGUUUCUCACCGUGUAUAUCAAGAACAUCUUCCUUAAUCAGGUCUUGGGUGAGAUCAACAAGGAGAUUGAAGGGGUCACCAAAACCUCAGACCCCUUGAAGAUCCUAGCUAAUGCAGAUACCAUGAAGGUUCUGGGAGUGCAGAGGCCCCUCCUACAGAGCACAAUCAUCGUGGAGAAGACAGUACAGGACCUCAUGAACCUGAUGCAUGACUUGAGUGCAUAUUCAGAUCAGUUCCUCAACAUGGUAUGUGUGAAGCUCCAGGAAUACAAGGACACGUGCUCCACAGCCUACAGGGGCAUUGUCCAGUCAGAAGAGAAACUUGUCAUCAGUGCAUCUUGGGCAAAAGAUGAUGAUAUCAGCAGACUCUUGAAAUCGCUGCCAAACUGGACUAACAUGGCUCAGCCUAAACAGCUAAGGCCUAAGAGAGAGGAGGAAGAAGACUUCAUAAGGGCAGCCUUUGGCAAGGAGUCUGAAGUCCUGAUUGGAAACCUUGGUGACAAACUCAUUCCUCCACAGGAUAUUCUCCGUGAUGUCAGUGACCUCAAAGCCUUGGCCAACAUGCACGAAAGCUUGGAAUGGCUGGCAGGCCGAACAAAGUCAGCCUUCUCUAACCUUUCUACAUCCCAAAUGCUUUCCCCUGCUCAGGAGAGCCACGUGAGCAUGGACCUGCCCCCGGUGUCUGAACAGAUCCUGCAGACACUGAGCGAGCUUGCCAAGUCCUUCCAGGAUAUGGCUGACCGCUGCUUGCUCGUCUUGCAUCUGGAAGUGAGAGUUCAUUGUUUCCACUAUCUCAUCCCUCUGGCAAAGGAGGGCAACUAUGCCAUCGUUGCCAAUGUGGAAAGCAUGGAUUAUGACCCUCUAGUGGUCAAGCUCAACAAAGACAUCAGCGCCAUGGAGGAGGCUAUGAGCGCCAGCCUCCAACAACAUAAGUUCCAGUACAUCUUUGAAGGUCUGGGACACCUCAUCUCCUGUAUCCUCAUUAAUGGGGCCCAGUACUUCCGGCGAAUCAGUGAGUCUGGUAUCAAGAAAAUGUGUAGGAACAUUUUUGUUCUUCAGCAGAAUUUGACCAACAUCACCAUGUCACGGGAGGCAGACUUGGACUUUGCAAGGCAGUACUACGAGAUGCUGUACAACACAGCCGAUGAGCUCCUGAACCUGGUGGUGGACCAGGGUGUGAAGUACUCCGAGCUAGAGUACAUCCACGCCCUGACCCUGCUGCACCGAAGCCAGACUGGUGUGGGGGACCAGACCACCCAGAACACCAGGCUGCAGAGACUCAAGGAGAUCAUCUGUGAGCAGGCUGCCAUCAAGCAAGCCACCAAGGACAAGAAAAUAACCACUGUGUGAUGGGGCGCACCGCACUGGGGUGGGUGGGGUUCACAGCGUGCACAGCCACAGGCUCUAGCUAUUCAGCAUAGCCUGAGCUGACUGCGCUGUCUACCCUGAUGCUUAGUGGGUAGACAGUGGAUUCUUUUCUCUUUAGUUUUGCUUUACCGAUAUGCACGCUAAGAAAGUUUGCAGUACAGAAUGUUUUGCCUAACAAUGACUUUAGUCUAUUCCCGCGGGAUGAGGGUGGGACAGGGAGGAGGCCAUGUCCAGUUGCUGACUCUGAAAAAGGAAUGGAGGAGAGUCGACUGCCACCGAAGCUUUAGGAGCAUCCUGAAAUACUUAAUAAGGCCUGUGGUGUAAGCAGUGGGCUGUUUCUAGUCUUUGCCUUGUCAGUUUAUAGUUUAGUAAGUAUAUUCACAUUGCCAAAAUCAAGGAAGUGCUUCUCAGCUGGCUUCCCAACCCAAAACAGAUCUCUUUAAGGCUGGGAGAUAGCAGUCCUUUAUCCCAACCCUGGGACAGACUGCACACUAUAGCAGGAUUGUUCGCAGGCUGCUGAUUAGUUUUACAGCCUUCUUGUCUUAUUCCUUCUGUAUUAAAACCAAUUAAGAGCACUGACUGUCCUUCCAAAGGACCAUGGUUCAAUUCUCAACACCCGCACAGGAAGGCUCAAAACCCUCUCUAACUUCAGUUCCUUCUGAGCCUUCUUAGUACUGCAUGCACGUGGUACACAGACAUACAUGCAGGCAAAAAUACUCAUACACACACACAAAGUAAAAAAAAAAAAAAUCAUCAUAAAACUGUUGGAGAACUUUGAGCUCAUACACCAUCCAGGGUAAAUUGUAAGGGGCAUCCUCAUGUUCCCAUGCACACUGCCUUAGUGACUUGGCUUGUUGCUGUGACAAAACACUCCUUGACACAAUCUCCUCAAGAAAGGCGGGCUUAUUUGGCUAAACUCACAAGGUACAGCCCGUCAGAGCAGGGAGGGUGACAGCAGGGGCCUGAGGCAGCUGUCACACUGCAAGGGCACUCAUGGAGCGGUGGACGCUGUGUCCAGGAGCGGUGGAUGCUGUGUCCGUGGAUGCUGUGUCCAGGAGCGGUAAAUGCUGUGUCUGUGGAUGCUGUGUCCGUGGAUGCUGUGUCCGUGGAUGCUGUGUCCGUGGAUGCUGUGUCCAGGAGCGGUGGAUGCUGUGUCCGUGGAUGCUGUGUCCAGGAGUGGUGGAUGCUGUGUCCGUGGAUGCUGUGUCCAGGAACGGUAGACGCUGUGUCCGUGGAUGCUGUGUCCAGCCACAUGCAUGUGUCACAGCCACAUGCUGUGUCCUUUUCAUGCAGUCCAGGUCUCAGCCCACUGAGUGGCUCCCCCACAGUCAGGGUAGGCCUUCCAACCUCAAUUAAUAUAACUCAAAUAUUUCCACACAAACAAGACCUACCCUACAUGGUUGCUUUUGCUGUGAUAAAACACUGACCAAAACCAACACACACACACACAGACACACAACAGGUAUCUCUCAAAACAAAACACACAAAAGUUUUUUUUCAAGACACACAAAAAUAAAAAUAAUUUAAAAAAAAAAUUUGACAAAUGAGAAAGUAAAUCAAUUAGUAUUAUAAUAAAUAUUGAAACUACUGAAAAAUGCAGAGAGGACUAAAGCAAUAUAAAUAUUUUCUAUAAAGCAAUGCAACUCAGGUCUGCUUAGCUGAAAGCAGAGGAGAUGGGGACGUUUUCCCCACGCAGCUGCCACUGAAGCCUUUUUCUGUUGUUGGUUUUUGGUGGGGAGGAAAGGAAGACAAAGAUCUAAUCCUGAGGCAGGAUUUCUCUGUCCUGAACUUGCUCUGCAGAUCAGGUUGUUGAGCAUUGAACUCAGAGAUCCCCUUGGGAGUAAAGGCGUGCACCACCACGCCCAGCUGCUAAGGGGGGGAUGUUGUUGUUGUUGUUGUUGUUUUUAAUUCCUGAUAUGGAUGCCUGCACUGCCCCAGGCUCCCAAGACCUCUUGCUACUCAAGGUUCAUAGGUCACAGGAAGCAAUCGUUUAUGGAACAGGAUGUGUCUUGAACAGGAAAGCCAAGAAGAGCCCAAGGGUGCCAUUGGGAGGGAAUUUUCACACCAAUUUCUAACAACUUUGUUCUGGAUGGGAAUAACCAAAAAUUAAAAACUGUUUUGAGAGCUUAAA